AUGCGCCCUCCCAAUCCUGCUCAGCGGACCAGGAAAGUCAAUCUAUGCGCGCUCAAUGACCCGCAGGAAUUGGCCUCGUCGGCCUCGGCGACCGUCCCACCACUGCCCCCGGGGGCAGACCGCUCGCCCAGCUCCCCUGCCGCGUCGAGCGCAUCACUCGUGCCUGCGACCUGCUUCAACCGCUUGGCUGACCACUGCUUUGCUGGUCGUAACUAG